AACAGGAGGAGUGAAUAUCCACGCGCUCAGCGCAUCCUCAAAAGCGAGUGUUUCGAAUGCAAUUGCAUCUUGGCACACAACAACCAUAACGUGAUCACCCAACAUCGCUUUCUUCAUACUUUCUCGGCAUCUUACGGGAAAAAACGUCAGAUUAUUUCUCAAGUCUUUCUCAGUUCUCUUCAAUUUAUUUAAUCACUCUGUUAAGAGGCAAGUUAUAACUUAUAAGGCCUUCCUUCCCUGGGUCGGUGCUUCCCUGAGACAGAAGAAUCGGGAAAAUCUCGAGUUCCAUCAGCAAGCAAAGAAAGUUUCGGACCAAGGAUUGUGAAAUGGGUGAAACCGAGCACCACCAUCCCCCGCCGCCAGCACAGACGCCACAGCCUGGACCACCGCUGCCUAAUCUCGCACUCUCACGGGGGCCCACUUGGACACCCGCCGAACAACUCCUCCAGCUUCACUACUGCAUCCAUUCCAAUCCUUCCUGGCUCCUAGACCACUGGGCGACUAAUACCUUCCUGAAUCCGUCCACAAUUUUGACAGCGGUGGCAUGUCUACUGGGUUUUCAGCACUACAUCGUGAUGCUUGGAACUACAGUUCUGAUUGCAAGCACCUUAGUGCCUCAAAUGGGUGGGAGCCAUGGUGACAAAGCUCGCGUGAUUCAAACCUUGUUAUUCAUGUCUGGAGUGAACACUUUACUUCAAACAUGGCUUGGGUCUAGGCUUCCAGUAGUGAUGGGUUCUUCAAUAGCCUUUUUUAUCCCAGUGAUGUCCAUCGUAAAUGAUUACAGUGACAGUAAUUUCUCAUCUGAUCACGAGAGGUUUACCUACACAGUUAGGACAAUUCAAGGUUCCCUGAUUGUUUCUUCUUUCAUCAACGUCAUCCUUGGGUUUAGUAAGGCAUGGGGAAAUUUAACAAGAUUAUUUAGCCCAAUAGUCAUUGUACCGGUGGUUUGUGUGGUUGGUCUUGGUUUGUUCAUGAGGGGCUUCCCACUGCUUGCAAAUUGUGUGGAGAUUGGAUUACCUAUGCUCAUUCUACUGGUCUUAAUCCAGCAGUAUUUGAGGCGCAUCAUUCAUCCUGCUGCGCAGCAUGUGCUUGAGAGGUUUGCUUUACUUAUGUGCAUUGGCGUUAUCUGGGCUUUUGCUGCUAUCCUCACCGUGGCUGGUGCAUACAAUAAUUCUAGAGAACAGACACAAACUAGUUGCCGCACAGAUCGCUCCUACCUCAUGUCAUCUGCUUCUUGGAUUAAAGUUCCAUAUCCAUUUCAAUGGGGUACCCCCAUAUUCAGCGCUAGUCAUGUCUUUGGGAUGAUGGGGGCAGCACUUGUCACUUCUGCAGAGUCAACUGGGACUUUCUUUGCAGCCGCCAGGCUUUCUGGUGCAACAGCCCCUCCUGCACAUGUCCUCAGCCGAAGCAUUGGGCUACAGGGCUUUGGCAUGCUGCUUGAAGGCAUAUUUGGUUCUAUUGUUGGUACUACUGCAUCUGUUGAAAAUGUGGGCCUACUUGGGUUAACACAAAUAGGGAGCAGAAGAGUAGUGCAGAUAUCAUGUGGUUUUAUGAUCUUCUUCUCUAUUUUUGGUAAAUUUGGAGCCUUUUUUGCAUCGAUUCCUUUGCCAAUAUUUGCUGCCAUAUACUGUGUUUUAUUAGGAAUCGUGGCUGCUGUUGGGAUCUCAUUUAUGCAGUUUGCUAAUAACAACUCCAUGAGAAAUCUCUAUGUUUUGGGUUUAUCUCUCUUUCUAGGGAUCUCGAUUCCUCAAUAUUUUCUUACCAACACUACUGAAGAUGGUCGUGGUCCGGCUAGAACUAAUGCUGGCUGGUUUAAUGACAUUUUGAACACCAUAUUCUCUUCCCCUCCAACUGUGGCAAUAAUCGUGGGAACACUCCUUGACAACACGCUUGAUGCAAAGCAUGCUGCUAAUGACAGAGGAAUUCCAUGGUGGGUACCUUUCCAGUCCAGGAAGGGAGAUCCAAGAAACGACGAGUUUUACAGCUAUCCUCUCAGGAUAAAUGAAUAUAUUCCUUCCAGAUUCCUCUGAGAGGCAUUUUGCAUGCUUGUCUCUGGCUCUGCUGUGCCUAUCAUCAUAUUUUCCUUUAAUUUUUAUGAUCAUGUAAAAUAUAGACAAAUUGUCACCAUUUUGACAUGCAACCUGAUUUUACCUUGUAUAAAUUAGAUUCAUGUGACAUUAGUAAUUUUUUUCUUUUUAA